AUUUUCCAUCCAAGUAGACUUACGUGUCGAGUUACUCCUCAAGCAUAUUAUCUAGACCGUCGUAAAUGUGCUUUAUUAUCAACAGGCUUGGAGCGAUUAUAAAUCAUGCAUAUCGCAUCGUCAGUUGUAUUGCUCUAUACUUCGCCGACCGAAUGUGAUAAAUUUUGAUUACGCGCCCGCAAGAUUCCCGCUCAGUUAUUUUUAAAUUUCUCGCACACCAUUGGAGCAUCGAGGGAUAUUGAUCGAUGCGCAGGUGUCUCCCUCCGGGGACGUGCGCGCGUAAAAAAAGAUCGCAUAUAUCGAAUUCGAUUUAGUUAAUAGAUUUUCUCAAAAUUGUUACUUGAGAUGUAUUCUAAAUGAAUGUACAGUUAGAAAAGCUUCCGUCUAUUUAAAAAUUCAAUUAACCCGAUUGACGUGCGGUGUGAAAGAGUUGAUCAUCCUCGAUCCCGAACCCCGAUGUCUUUUUUUUUCUCUUGAAUUUUUCUCAUAAAAGGGAUCCACUACCGUUCAAUCCGGACGGUUCUCAUUUCUUCACAGCUAUUCACGUGGAGUCGCGACGUAGAAUUUAUAUUCCACAGAAGUUGGAAACCCCUGUCGGUGAACCGAAUUCCAUCGACUUGUACCAAUCAUAAUCGAUUUAAUACUCGCCGUGGUUAGAUUGGUACAAAAUGUACGUUACACUUUGGUAGAUCGUGUAAUGUAACGAAAUGAUAUUUUUUCUUAUAAUUUCUUUUUUAAUUUCCAUUUGAUUUCGACACGCGCUGACGAUCCGCAUUGAUAUUAUACGUUGACUGUGUGGCAGAGGGCUCUACGAGAGUUCAUUGACGUAUGUCUAAUUCAUUGAAAAUUAUAAUUCCUCGCGAGUCCAAUUUAUUAUUCACCGAGUAGACUAUCGCAAGCGUGACAUUAUCCGAUUAGAAAUAGGUAAUAGGUAGAUAAAAACUCGGCUCAAAGAUAUUGUCGCGUACCGGAACAAAUAUGCAGCGUAUACGGAAUGCGCCGCUUCAGAUAUUUCGCUGUAAUUAAAACAUCCGCACGUAAAUUAUCGGGGGCUAAAAUAACGCUAGGUAAAUAGAUUAGCGUCUUAUUAAGGCCACGACACGGAUGCUGCAGCCAAAUUGGAGAGAUGAACACGGGACUGAGCGAAUAAAAAACAGAGUAGCUGAGUCGCUGCAAAAGGCGUAUAAUUGACGCAUACGUAUUCCAAUAUGGGAGAUGAACGUGGGGUUUAUCCCCCGGCGAUUUACCAUGGCAUCUUAUUAUAUUCAUAUGAUCGUCGUGCGCAUCCUCGUCAAAUCACCGUCGAUUCCAGGAUAUCGAGGCUAAGGCCAGAAGAAGAAAAAAAAAUGCAACGCAGUCAUUAAAAUUGAUUUGACGCGGACAGGAUGGUCUGCACAAAUUGUAGGUGAUUAGAGAAUCGAUAUUGGAAGUGUAUCAGAAAAAACAAAAAGGUGCCAAUCGAUCGAUAAUUCUAGCGUACAUUGAAUCAAGAUUUUUUGGGAGACGCAACUUUACACAAGUGUUACAAGCGGAACGGUUGUAUCAACGCAGUCGCGCGACACGUAGUGCAAGUAUAAUUACGUCACGUAUAUGUUCGCUUAUCUUGUUCGUGAACUCUACCAAAAUUUACGAUUUACGAAUGUAAGUAUAUAUGUAUAGUCACCUGUGUCACCUGCGCUACAUCUGUCAGUCUCACUUGACCAGUAUAGCAUAAAGCCAAUGCUCUACCCGUCGUCGGUUCAUUCUGAUGGACGAAAACAAUGUGUAAUACGAUUUCCACGUCAUUUUUCAUAUUAUGUUUUAUUCAAAAUACUUCGUCGAAAGUUAAAGUUUUUCAGAGCAUAAAACGAAAUCAUUUCCAUACCCAGGGAAACGGGUAGAGGUAUGUAAUAUUGUCACGAAAUUUUAAGAUUCAACAAUUGCACCGUCUACAUCGAGCAAUUCACACGACUCGUACCUGCAAUUAAAUACGUUUAUCACACCACCGGAAACGGCAGCUUCCUAUCUUCGCGACAAUUUAUAAAGGGCAUAAGUGACUACACUGCGUAGACUUUUUGAAACCAGGUGAGAUGUCGCUCGUGAGAUAUCAUCCUAAAUUUAUGAGCCGAAUUUACGAAAUGCAGAAGACGAUGAAAAAUUUCAUUCGGAUGUGCAGCUCAAAAAAAGGAGUUCGAAGUUUAACUCACGAUCGAAUGGAUCUUAAACUUUUCACACACGUCUUUCGACGUGUGCCCCGAUUUCAUUUUUGUUUUCGUUCAUCAAGAUUUACACACGCUAUCAAUUUCAGGCGUAUACAUACUUACGUGGAAUUGUGAGACACGUUCGUCUCGCGUCAUGAGAUGAAAGAACUUUUGGUAUAGGUACUAUAUAAACGAAUUGUGGAGCACCGGACCUGCAGCGUCCGAGGUAUGCGAGCUUGGUAGUGAAUUAAAAAAUGGAAAAAAAAACAGAAAAAUAAAAUCACAGCGUUUAGGAACGCGAGUGCGUUCCACAUAAACGAUACAAAAAAGCACGACUUCUUAUUAUAUCGUGAACAUAACUUGUAUAUUUUUGUAUGAAAAAAAAAAAUUUACAAUAAUAAUUUUAGGCCAUUCAACUACUCUCGCUACGUUUUCAUUAAAGGUGUGCCGAUUCUAAUCGACCACGAGUUACGAGUACUCGGGUACACCGAAACAUUGGAAGGAGUAAUUAAAAUUUUGACGAUAGAUCAAACGAGUCGCCGAAUGAAAGAAAAUAAAAUUAUUUUCGCUUCUCACUACCGCGCGAACGUAGCGCGACCGAUCGGGUCGCAUCGUUAUUACCCUGAAUCGAAAAAGGAUCUUCAUCUCCCGCAAGAAAUGUCGAGUUCUUAUUGCAUUUCUAUCGAAAAACCAUUAUUCCGAAAAAACGUGCGAGAUGAAUUUCUUGAAAAAUAUCGACAGAUCUGACAGGAAUUAGAUUGAUUACAUUCUAUGACAAGUUCAUUGAAAAGAGGUGUUAACAACUAGCGGAACAAAUUGUUUAACGAAUACAAAGAGACAUAGAUUGAAGAUUUGCGCGUGGUAUAUCCAGCGAAGGGAUCGAGUUACGGUGGUCUCGAUAUGAGAUUCUCUCCAAUAAUCUUUUUUUGAAGGAUCAAUUUUUUACCUCAUCUAACAUUGUUUUCGGCAAUCUCUUUGGUACGUACGUUCGAUCUAUCUAUGCUGGCAUAUAACUGGCCAUUUCUAAUGAAACUUUCAUACCAUCGGUGAGGAAUCGAUCGUUCCAUUGGCACGACAAUGUGGAUAUGUAGUGUCAUCAAUGAUUAGGAUCUAUGUAGGUCUCGAUCAUCUCGCGAACGUACCGAUGAUAUUGUGGUAUAAAAUUUACAGCUGACUAUAGCCGCUAGUCUGUAACUAAUAGGCUCGAAUUUCGAGUAUAUAGUUUUUAACCACAUAUGCGUCAGUUGUAAAAGUGGAGGUACGCUUUUGUCUAGUUUCGUACUUUCUUCGGCGUAUGUUUCAAAGAGAAAGAGAGAGGAAAUGGAGAGCGAGAAGGGCUAGAGAUUUUUGAAUCAUUGUACGAAACCACCCCGAAAUAAAUUGUGGAACUGAAAGUUCCUAUUUGUUUCGUUUAUUUUAUUUGUCCAUUUUUUGUUCCCAAGAAAGAAUCGAGCGCGAAAGAAAUAGAAGAAUCAAAAAUCAACCUCCGAUCCAAGCGGAGCAAUUUUACUAAUUACCCGGAACGUUUCGCGAAAUGAAAGGUCUUCCCAUACAUCAUGUCACUGACCGAUAUAUUAAUUACGAGAGUGUCAUCAUAGUUGACUUAAAGCUGCGUACAGUCGUUGCCGUUGUCGUUGUUCUUAUGUUUUUCUAAAAUCCUUCGAGUGCGCGUCGAUCUCCAAGUUAUGGUUGGACAAUCCUGACUCUUCCAAGCCCCUCUACUGGCCUAUAUCCUACAAGUAUAUAUGGGCAAGAUUUCUUCACUAGCCAUCAGAAGUUACUUUGGCGUUGUGCCGUCAAUAUCCUUGGCGAUCUGGAGUAAAGUUCAAAUCAAAUAUUCCAUAAAAAUGGCCACAUCCACCCCGAAAUUGUUUCAUCAAAAUUGAACCCUCCAGUGCGACUCGAAAGACGCUCUUUGAACGGUGGAACUCGUUCGACACCUCAGUGGAAAUCACCUCAAAGUGCGGAACGAUUAUUUAUUAAUUUAUACUUUUUGUGUUCGUUGAUCCGAGGAGACGAGAUGAUUUGAUUACCUCGUGCGCGAGAUUGAUAAUUGUGGUGUUGCGUGAAUAGUACAACGGCAUCGAUAAUAACUCGCCAAACAGAAGAAAAAAAAAAACACGAAAGAAAAAACAUUUUUUCCCAAGUACAAUCAAACAAAUCAAAAUAAAAAAAAAAAAACAAAACAACGGAAAUAUGAUUAGUUUGCGGAGCGUAAUAGGCGUAAUUACCCACCGGCGAAAAACAUCGUUACCACUUAACCGUGACAAAAAAAUUUCACCGUUCACCAAACACUCGAAACAGUUGGUUUCAUACGCGAUACUUUUAUUUUGUGUAUUCAAUAUUCUGAGCGUAGAUGGUUUCGAGCAAUCUAAUAUUAGCUACGUUGACGAAUGUAGAACGGAUUGCGCCAGACUCAGGGAUCCCUUUGCGUGUGGAAAAUACAGAGCCGUCCAAUGGAUCCACAACUUGACUUCCGAAAAGGACAUUCGGUACGGAUCGUUCAGAUUGAUCAAACUAUCCUCAUCGCCGGUGGACGAUCCGGUUCUUCCGGAAGUCCCGAAAUUUCGGGGCUUCGGAAGGUACUCGAAAUUUUUGAAUUUCGUUCGAUCCAGCGCCGAGGAGAUGUUGACUCGUCGAGCGAUAGUUUAUACCAUCGAGCAACGGCAGAGCGCAAGAAGUUUGUCGUCAGGGCCGAUGAUUAUGGAUACGGACGAGCUGAACGAUUUCGUCGAGACCGGGAGAUCGGGAGACGAUCGUCUUUUCAAAAAGAAGAAGAAGGGCCUGGCCGUCAUACUGCCGAUAUUGAUCCUCUUGAAAUUGUUGAAAAUGAAAUUAUUGCUGCUCCCGAUUUUCCUCGGAGUUCAUUUCAUCAAGAAGAUUCUAUUGAUCGGAGCACUCGCGAUACCCUCGAUCCUGGCUAAUUUGAAGUACUGCAAAAUACCACCGAUGCAUCAUCAUCAAACUGCGUACAGCACCUGGGCUACGGCCGCCGAUACUCCGGUCGAUUACUCUCUUGGUUCCGGGCACGAAGACGAAGGAUGGAGCCAGAAAAUUGACAUGCUUGGAUACGGCGGAGCGGGUGCUCACGAUCCACUCGUUGCCAGUGCUUCGAGAAAUCCUUAUCGAGGAUAUUACGCGGCUCUGAAACAACAGCAACUGCAAAAUGUGAUGUGAAUCGAUCCAUGAGUUAAGGUGGUGCGAUCGCCGAUGACAUUUAUUCAGAACGCGGUAGACCAAUUUAGAUGAAGAACCUCGUUCACGUUUGUUUUCCCUAAAAAGAAAGAAGAAAAAAAAAAAGGUGUGAUUAGUAUUAUUAACAUAUUUAUUUUUAGAUUUAGAGAUGAUUUAUGGUCCGCGUACGAGGCGUUGCUUUCGGUCUUCUUGAACUUGUCAGAGUUCAAGGUCUCGACCCUUGCGGUAAAUUACAUUCAAUUCCCUCCGCGCCUUUCUUUCAACGAAAUACAAGACACGGACGGCAUUGACCACGGAGUUGUUCGCUCGAGGACCAUUUUAACGAAACCUUCUUUUUUUUUUUUUUUCUUUUCUUCUCUUAAAUAACAAUCGUUGCAUUAUCAUGACAAUGUAAUGGCGAGUGCCAUUAUUUUCUCAACUUAUUCAUAAGCGAAGUCAAAUGUGAAAUAUUUUUAUAAAUAAAUAAAGAACAAAAAAAUCGUCGCUAAAAUACUGUUUGUCCUUUCGUACUUCGUUGGUCUACAUUGAUUCGUUUCACCGAUUCCCCUUGGACACACCCUCGACCUUGAUCGAUUACGGAAUCGAUUCAAUGCAAACGCGGAUGUUUACUCGGAUAGCAUCGCGUUGCACCUCGCUCGCUUGAAGUAGGUUUUCAGUUCAGUUGUAUCGCCGUCAACCAUCAGAAGUUCGCCAAAAAGCAUUUCAAUUUUCCGCGAUGAUUGAGUCGAUGCGUAAUGCGAAUUCUUCUAUUCUGUUUUCACAAUGAGUGGAUCUAUUCGAUCGCACUUGAGUCGGAUGAAACCUGAAUUUUGCCUAGUCGAACCAGGAUCUCGUUUCUGAACUGAAACGGUAUAAUAAGGUAGGACGUGCGUCUCGUUCAUUUUAUGAUUAAACUAUAAGGAUGUGAACUUGGAAGGCUGGUCAGACUGCCUCCGCAAUGCUCCCGUUUCCAGAGUUGACUACGACUUGUUUUUUUCUUAAUUUUUCCUCCGUACCGGAUAAACACCGAAGAUUCUUGGAUCUGCUAUAUUAUAUCAUUAGAAGCGGUACCGCGUAAACGGAAUAACUGUAAAGAAUGUCAGAUAUCGUAUUAAUUGAAUGGCGCCCCCGGGGGCGUCGACUGAGACCAGGUCUUGCGACCUUAUAACUGGUACUUCUGGAUCUCGGCGAAGGGAAAUCCUUGUCCUACCUCCAAGGUUCACCUCAAUUACAAUGUAACAGAUCAUAACGUCGAUCGGACGGUGACGUUUCUGCAUCACGUGCUCCCUGGUAAAAUUAAUUGUCAUAGAAAUUGAAGGAUAACGACCUGCGCCGCGUACCCGUUAAUCAUCACGCAAAUCGCAAGUGUCAAACAUUCUCGCUUCAACACAAUUAACGAUCGCCGUAUGAACUUUGAUAUUUUUAACAAUCUGCAACGCGUUAUUAAUGCGCGGGUAGCGGUAAGUUGUACGGUGCAGUUGUUGAAAAAAAAAAAAAAAAAAAGAAAAGGAAAUAAAAAAGAUCCAUGCAAUUACGCAUCGUCCGCAUUCCGACACUGUUGUACCCUACGAGCAAAUCAUUUGAAUAUGGAUGGGUAGGUAGGUAGGUAGGUGCGAAGUACCCGAGCCCAAUUUCCAGGUAAUGUGAUCGAAGAUUGCCUCUGCAACCUGCAUGCGGUUUCGUAUGUUGGGUUACAUAUGCGUCAGGUACAAAGAAGAACAAAGUUCUGUUUUAUCGGCACGAAACAACGGAAUAUUGGUAUAAACGGUCACCGUGGUCAGCGAUGAUAUUGUGUAACGCUGUUACGGAGCCUGAAUGACCGGCGGUGAAGAAAAUUUUUCAGCAGUUUCUCACAGACAGAAACUGGCGACCGACUGAAAUAUUGUUAACUGUAACUAGCUACUCGAACUUAUCGGUCAUUAGCGCUAAGAAAAAAGGACUGUAGAUAUUAUCUUGCAUUAUCAUAGCUGUAAUUACCUGAAAUUCAUAGAAAAUCUUAACGACGUCACGUGAAUAAUCUUUAAUAUCACGCAUAACGUACUACGGGUUAUUAAUAUCUGACACAGUUAAAACACACACACACGAUAUUUAACGUAACGUACAACAUUCGUAAAGGCAUAUCUUCAGCGAAUAGCGGCACCUCAGAUCGUCCGAUUUUUUCAUAUUCCAAUCUCAAUCUACUGGCCACGAAACGUCGUCAUAUCGAAGUGGUACCAGCCCGGUGAAACGAUGACUUCGUUUCGUUCCAACGGAGAGAUAAAAUAGACGAAUUCCCAGACAUACCUCGAGUCUCUUCGACAGAUCUCAGGAAUUUUCUUUGUCCAUCUUUACCACCCGUUUCUUAACGUACCGUCCAACGCCGAGGUGGGACUUAUGGGUCAAGGUCGUCCGAAGGAGUUCUUGACUCGUGGUUCGUUGGUCCCAAACUCGAUCGACCUACUAACAGAUUUGAACGUUUGCCAGGGCCAGCGUACGGAGUCCGGUAACCCUCUGCUACGCCUCGCCUUACGCCUUACCUCCCAUACGUGGAAUUGGUGAGGUAUAAAAACCGUUAUCGGUAGUCCUACCCAUCCAUCCGUCCGUUUGGUCUAAAUAUCCAAGUAUCUGUCAUACGUGCGUUUCCCAACGACGAGAGUCCGGACAGAAGAGUCACGGAUACAUUUGUCCCUGCCCUGUCGUGCACUUCUUUAUUCCGCGUUUAUAUUGUGAGCUACUAAAUCAUGUAAAUCGCGACGGAUGUAUCACAAUACACGAAGUGCUCGCUGCAAUUUCGAUUUAGUUUUAGAAUAUUAUAUCGUCAGCGGUGGCUAUUUUCAUACCCUCCACUGACCGUAUAAUGACGAUGAUUAUUCAGGUGCAUAUUACGGACAAGAAUUGUACCGGACAUUGAUGUAAUAACUAGCACUCAUAUGGUCUGUCGACCGUUACUUCGAAGGUGGAUCGCAGAAGCGCGGCAUUAUCAUAACGGGUCCGAAUUAUCCCUUUAAAAACCAGAGAAGAAAGCUUUUAACAUUUUUUACGUAUAAUUUUUCUCUCUUCUAUCGAAUCGGCUUCUCAAAUUUCUACGACAAUGUCCGCAAUGAUUUGAAAUCCUAUCACGCGUACUUGACCAUAAAACGAACCUUCCGUACCGGUCAUGGACAUGGAUGUAAUUCUUCAGCGAACACUUUCACACCGACUUACCAACGGCUUCAGUUGAGUGACACUUUGAAUUUUGUACUCUACUAUUGUUCCUGCGAUCCUGCCGAACGACGAGAAAUCUUGGACGUUAUUUUCACGGUUUACGGAGACGACGGAUCAUUCGUUCGAGGAGACGUCGCCGAAGGAAUCAUUGUUUCGAGUAGACGGAAAAAUUUUCGUUCGGAUCGAUUCGUUUUCUCCGGAAGACCUUCGAUUUACUUUUCAACUUACUAUCGAUCGGGUCAUUGAUCAAGUGAGGAGGAGGAUCUCCCGCCGCUUCGAAGACGGAGAUGAAAUUGGAGGGAGGGAGGGGGGGAGGGGGAGGUAUGACGUCAAAAAACCAGUUUUCCAACACUACUGGUGCACUGUAACGAUCUGUUACAAGCUCACGAUUAGGAGAUGUACGUCGUUUGAUGACCUCUCGUACUUCGGUACGUGUAAUUUCUCCGCCAGACGUUGAGACGAUCAUUUGUUCAAAUUAGCGCCGACCGACGUCCGUUGGUUUUUUGUUGGUUCAUUUUUGAGCCAGAGCCAAUUCGAGAAGAAAGUCCAUCGCGUACUCGUUACAUACCUCGGUCGAGAGUGGGCUUUAAGAAAUGCGAACGUAUAGUUCCAGUGAAAUUAACAAGUCUUUGCUAAACGGUUGUAAAUGACACUUAACGCGAGUUCGCUUCUUAAAUAAAGUCCGGCCAUUACUUUCAUUUCGUACAUAACGCGGUCACUCGAGAACUGUUCUGGUCUGUACCUGUGCAACUCUGUAAUCGAGUCGUUUUCAUGUACUGGAUUUGCAUCGUGGGCAUAUUUCAUCGGAACAACUACCGACGAGGUUUUCAAAAAUACUCGGAAGAUCGGUGGAACGCCCAUUUCUCCCGUCGGCGGUACGCUUCGUUCGUUUCUGGGAGAGACCUUGGCCAGGCGGCGCAGGGAAUGUCAAAUAAGGCGAUAUUAUCCACUUUUAUUUUAGGGGUCCUCCACCUCUCGGGACACUCUUGGUCAUCCUGAGCGCGGUUUGGUGAGCACCGGAGGAAUGGUGGCACGUUGUAACAAGUGUUGAACAAACUUAUAGAUCCAACAGUGACGGUGGCUGGCCGGGUAACCCAGAUCGGACGUACGCAGCGUCCAAUCCAGUCAAUUCCCUGACUCCGUUCGCCAGUGCCGCGUCGUCCGCCGAGCACAAUCGGCCGAUUUUCCAAGCCUUUCGAACUCAUCCUAACUGACUAAAAACGCGCCAAUACACGCCGGAUUUUUAUAACACAGUUUGUCAUUGGUUUCUUAUUCGAUUCAUUCGCGCGCGGUUCCAUACAACGCGAUAGAUAUA